AUGUCAUCAUCGGGCACUCCCGCCAAGUUGACAGUAAAACAAAAAAUCACAUAUACAUUCGAUAAAUUGAUUGGAAGGUUAUGCAAAUCACUAGCCAUUUCAGGAUUACUUGUAUUCAUAAUUUACAUCUUCUUGUCUAACCAUCCCUACUUCUACUCCUCCACACUUCUCACCAAGUCGAGGCACAGAUGGGUUCGGUAUGCCAACCCUAGUACUACUAACCAUCCUCCUACCAAUAUUAGCCACCUUGUUUUUGGCAUAUCAGGUUCAUCAAACACAUGGAAGAAUAAGAGAUGGUACAUUGAAUCAUGGUGGCGACCAAACAUGACUAGGGGAUAUCUAUUCCUCGACAGACCUCCCGCGGAGUUCCAUCCAUGGCCUUCGUCUUCUCCACCUUUUCGAGUUUCAGAAGACACCUCUAGAUUUAAAGAAUACAACAAACACCCCAUGCCACACGCCAUUCGGAUGGUCAGAGUGAUCGCGGAGAUAUUUAAGGCGGAAAAUGAAGGUGUGAGGUGGUAUGUCAUGGCAGAUGACGACACGGUUCUUUUCAUCAAUAAUUUGGUAGAGGUUCUAGCGAAGUAUGAUCAUGGAAAGUACUUCUACAUUGGGGCGAAUUCGGAAUAUGUUGCAUCCAAUUUUUUUCACUCCUUUGAAAUGGCAUUUGGGGGAGCUGGCUGUGCUUUAAGCUACCCUCUUGCUGAGGCAUUGGCAAAAAAUUUAGAUUUUUGUAUCAGGAGAUAUCCAACUUUGUAUGGAAGUGACCACAUUUUGCAGUCAUGUGUUGCUGAUUUAGGAGUCACUCUAACACCAGAAAAGGGGUUUCAUCAGAUUGAUCUACGAGGUGAUAUAUCUGGUCUUCUAUCAGCUCACACACAGUCUCCUUUUCUCUCCCUCCACCACCUAGAUGUGGUUGAUCCCAUCUUCCCUUCCAUGAACCGCUACGAAUCAGUGAAACACCUCAUGAAAGCCGCGGAAGCUGACGAGUCUCGGCUUCUACAGCAAACCAUCUGCUAUGACAAACCCAAGAACUGGACUUUCACCAUUUCAUGGGGCUACUCCACCCAAAUUUACGAGAACAUCUAUCCUCCAAGCAUUUUAAACAGACCCCUUGAAACAUUUAGGCCAUGGUACAGAUGGGCGAGACCACCUUACAUGUUCAACACCAGACUGCCAUCGAAGAAUCCAUGUGAAGCUCCUCAUGUUUUUUUCUUCGAAUCCAUGGGGGAAACAGAAGAUAGCCAUAUUGUUACUACCUAUAGUCGAAGAAGGCCGCGUAGCUUAUCAGCUUGUAAUUCAUCAAGCGGCAAUCAUUCUGCAGAUUACAUCUCCCAAAUCCGCGUUCUAUCACCCAUGAGCAGACAUAAUCUGGUGAGGAAAUCAAGUAACAUUUAUUUUUUUUUUAUUUUUUUAUCCAUUUCCUUUCCCUUUGCAUGGUCUUUUCUAAAUCAUUUUAUGUAGUCUCAUGAAAUUUGAGUUCUAUGUAGAGUCCGACAUACGUCUAACUGUUGGACUACAAAAUCAUUUUCCUUGAAAUUUUGGUGCAUGUCAUAAAAUUAGAAAUUUUCUUUAUUCAAUACUAUUAUCCUUGCAUAAUUCAACUGCUUUUUCCUUCAUCCUUUUUGCACUCAUGUUGAUCUAUUUUAUGUACUAUGUGUUUGUGUGUUUAUAUAUAUAUACUUUUGCUGCAGGUUGGAAGUAGAAGAGAAUGCUGUGACAUUGUAGGCAAUGCUGGCAUGAACGGGACGGCAAUCAAGCUUAGGGAUUGUAUGAAAGAUGAGAUAGUAGGUUGAAUGUUUUAUUUUCCACAUGCAUGCCUAAACUUUUUUUAUUUUUCUUUUUUCCCCUGGCAAAGAGAAGGAUGAAUCUCAUUAAUUAAGUUAAAACAAAAUUAUAGUUUGUUUCAAUUUCAACCUCCAACCUCACAACCAAAGGUAGAUUUUCUACACCCUCAUCAAUUAGAGGGCAGUGUUAUUUUCUUCAUG